CGGAAUCAAAGCGCUGCCGUGUAGGUAAAAUGGGAAACCCUUGACACUUUGAAGUACAGUACAUGUGAGAGUGAAUGAUACAGGGCAGGCGGAUGAGGCAGUUCUGUAGCUGGUAACUAAUAAGUAAAGUAUAAUGCUUCCGUUCAGAAAAGCACUUCUUUCGGGAGUGAGGACAAACAAUUACAGAUCAUUUUCAUUAUCCCGGAACAAAUGCGAUGCCAAGAAGGGCCUAGUCCUUGGCGUUUAUGAAAAAGAAAAGGAAAGUAACGACUUCCACCUCACAGAAGCUGCAGAGGUGUUUGACAGGUCUCUGUCAGGGAGCCUGAGACAGCUAUUAUCUGUAUCUGGGCCAGCUGUGAAAAAGGGGAAAAGCAGGGUAUUUUAUGGCAUACACAAGGAUUUUUCGAGCCUCGUUGUUGUAGGUCUUGGUAAACGUUCAGCUGGAGUCUGCAGUCAGGAGAACUGGGAUGGCAGCAAAGAAAAUAUCAGAGCAGCUGUAGCAGUUGGCUGCAGGCAGCUGCAAGAUCUGGAGAUUCCAGUUGUGGAGGUUGACCCUUGUGGUGAUGCCCAGGCGGCUGCGGAGGGCGCUGUUCUGGGGCUGUUUGAGUAUGAUGAGUUUAAGCAGAAGAAAAAGACGUUGGUGACAACACAGCUACAUGGCAGCACUGAUGCUGCAGCUUGGGAAAGAGGAGUGAUUUAUGCUGAAGGACAGAAUCUGGCCAGAUAUCUGAUGGAGGCCCCUGCCAACUACAUCACCCCAACGUGUUUUUCAGAGACAAUACAGCAGAGACUUAAACCUUGGGCAGACAAGGUCACAGUACAUAUAAGGCCGAAGUCCUGGAUAGAAAACCACCAAAUGGGAGCUUUCCUGAGUGUAUCCAGAGGCUCGGACGAACCCCCAGUGUUCCUGGAACUGCACUACAAUGGGAGCUCCAGUGCAAGUCAGCCUCCUCUUGUGUUAGUGGGAAAAGGAAUAACCUUUGACAGUGGUGGGAUUUCACUGAAGCCCUCUUCAGGCAUGGACGCCAUGAGAGCCGACAUGGGUGGAGCGGCGACUGUGUGCGCCGCCAUCGUCACCGCGGCGGCCUUAAAACUCCCCCUCAACAUCGUGGGUUUGGCACCUCUCUGUGAAAACAUGCCAAGUGGCAAAGCAAAUAAACCUGGUGAUGUAGUAAGGGCAAAGAAUGGAAAAACAAUACAGAUUGAUAACACUGAUGCGGAAGGCCGGUUAAUACUGGCAGACUCUCUGUGCUAUGCACACGGUUUUAACCCCAAGGCAAUAGUCAAUGCUGCAACAUUAACAGGUGCCAUGGACGUAGCUCUGGGGUCAGCUGCUACUGGUGUUUUUACUAAUUCUGACUGGUUAUGGGAAGAACUGCAUAAGGCAAGCAUCGUGACUGGUGAUCGGGUUUGGCGGAUGCCUCUCUUCCAACAUUUUACCCGGCAGGUCACAGAGAGUCAGCUGGCAGACCUGAACAACAUUGGAAAAUACAGCCGGUCGGGAGGCGCCUGCACUGCUGCAGCUUUCCUCCGGGAGUUUGUGACGGCACCACACUGGGCACAUCUGGAUAUAGCUGGAGUUAUGUCAAACAAAGAUGAAGUCCCCUAUCUACGCAAGGGCAUGUCUGGGAGGCCAACCAGAACUCUGGUGGAGUUUGCUGCAAGACUGAGUAAAGAAGUAUAAAAGUUUACCGGUAGUAACACUUCCGCUUAGAAAUGGUUACUGUGGUUUUUUGGAGGUCAUCAUUUUAUAAGGUUUUUGCUGUUAAAUCAUGUAUUUUGUAUAAUAGAUGACUGGAACAAAUUAUGAAAGUCUGCCGUCUGAGAGAUUUUCUCUUGAAUAAAUUGAAGACAAGA